ACAUGGUUCAGAUGGAUAUAUAAAUGCUUCCCGGCACAGGACAGUUUGAGUUCCGUCACUCUCUCUCUUCGUAUUUGUGGUUCUUUCGUGUGUGUUGCAGGUUGCCGGACUGUGAUGGAGCGCUGGCAGGGAAGAGUGGCUCUGGUGACCGGCGCCUCGGUUGGGAUUGGGGCGGCUAUAGCGGUAGAGCUGGUCCGGCUCGGUAUGAAAGUGGUGGGCUGCGCCAGGGACGUCGGGAAAAUCCAGAAACUGGCAGCAGAGUGUCAGAGCGCCGGCCACCCUGGUGUUUUGGUCCCAUUCAAGUGUGACUUGAGCAAAGAGGAAGAGAUUCUGUCCAUGUUCGCAGCGAUCAAGGAGCAGCACAAAGGUGUGGACGUGUGCAUCAACAACGCUGGCUUGGCUCACCCAGAGCAGCUCCUAAACGGCAAAACCAACAGCUGGAAGAACAUGAUGAAUGUGAACGUUCUUGCACUGAGCAUCUGCACACGGGAAGCUUAUCAGUCAAUGAAAGAGAGAAACGUGGACGAUGGGCACAUUAUAAAUCUCAACAGCGUGUGUGGACAUCACGUCUUACCUGUUGCUGAUCUGCAUUUCUACACUGCCACCAAGUAUGCUGUGACUGCUCUGACUGAGGGCCUGAGACAGGAGCUGCGUGCUGAAAAGACCCAUAUCCGAGCCACGUGCAUUUCUCCUGGUUUAGUGGACACAGAAUUUGCAUCACGGCUCCACAGUGACAAUCCCGAGAAAAAAGAUGGGAUAUAUGCUGCGUAUAAGUCUUUGGAAGCAAAAGAUAUCGUCAGUGCUAUCGCAUAUGUGCUCAGUGCCCCUCCUCAUGUUCAGAUUGGAGACAUUCACAUUGAAGCUGUGUAGCACGAGUCACUGAAGUUGUUCCCUUGGCAACCCCAAUACUUUUGUGGCCUUCCUGUUUUCAAAAUGGCCUCUGAGGAUGUUACCAUCACUGUGUGUUUCUUCAGUCUCUUUGACAAGUUGCAUCAUGUGCUCUCUCAUAUAAUCUUACUUCUUAACUACAUUUAUCAGGGUGCUGAAACUUUGUACUGAAAAGUUUGAAUGUAUGAAAUAAAAUGAUUUUCAGGGGACCUUUA